GUUCCUUCCGCUGAGUACAAGGUUCCUGUCGCUGAGGACAAGGUUCCUGUCGCUGAGGAUAAGGCUCCUGGAAUUGUGGACAAGGCUCCUGGCGCUGAAGAGAAGGCUCCUGUUGCUGAGGAAAAGGCUUUUGGCACUGAGAACAAAGUUUCUGUCGCUGAGGAAAAGCUUCCUGGCGGUGAGGAAAAAGGUCCUGGCGCUGAGUACAAGGUUCCUAUCGCCGAGGACAAGGUUCCUGGCGCUGAGGACAAGGUUAUUGGUGCUGAGGACAAGAUCCCUGUCACUGAGGACAAGGCUCCUGUAGCUGAGGACAAGGCUCCUGGCGCUGCAGAAAAGGCUCCUGGCGCUGAGGAAAAGGCUUUUGCCACUGAGAAGAAGGUUCCUGCCGCUGAGAACAAUGUUCCUGUCGCUGAGGUCCAGGUUCCUUCCGCUGAGUACGAGGUUCCUGUCGCUGAGGACAAGGUUCCUGUCGCUGAGAACAAGGUUCCUGUCGCUGAGGAUAAGGCUCCUGGAAUUGUGGACAAGGUUCCUGGCGCUGAAGAGAAGGCUCCUGGGGCUGAGGAAAAGGCUUUUGGCACUGAGAACAAAGUUUCUGUCGCUGAGGAAAAGCUUCCUGGCGCUGAGGAAAAAGGUCCUGGCGCUGAGUACAAGGUUCCUAUCGCCGAGGACAAGGUUCCUGGCGCUGAGGACAAGGUUAUUGGUGCUGAGGACAAGAUCCCUGUCACUGAGGACAAGGCUCCUGUAGCUGAGGACAAGGCUCCUGGCGCUGCAGAAAAGGCUCCUGGCGCUGAGGAAAAGGCUUUUGCCACUGAGAAGAAGGUUCCUGCCGCUGAGGACAAUGUUCCUGUCGCUGAGGUCCAGGUUCCUUCCGCUGAGUACGAGGUUCCUGUCGCUGAGUACAAGGUUCCUAUCGCCGAGGACAAGGUUCCUGGCGCUGAGGACAAGGUUAUUGGUGCUGAGGACAAGAUCCCUGUCACUGAGGACAAGGCUCCUGUAGCUGAGGACAAGGCUCCUGGCGCUGCAGAAAAGGCUCCUGGCGCUGAGGAAAUCCUGGAAUUGUGGACAAGGCUCCUGGCGCUGAAGAGAAGGCUCCUGGGGCUUAGGAAAAGGCUUUUGGCACUGAGAACAAAGUUUCUGUCGCUGAGGAAAAGCUUCCUGGCGCUGAGGAAAAAGGUCCUGGCGCUGAGUACAAGGUUCCUAUCGCCAAGGACUCGCUGAGGUCCAGGUUCCUUCCGCUGAGUACGAGGUUCCUGUCGCUGAGGACAAGGUUCCUGUCGCUGAGGACAAGGUUCCUGUCGCUGAGGAUAAGGCUCCUGGAAUUGUGGACAAGGCUCCUGGCGCUGAAGAGAAGGCUCCUGGGGGCUGA